UGAACCUGGGCCUGAAACAAUGUCCUCCACGGAAAGAAACGUAAAGGACACUUGAUCACACAAUCUUUGGAAUUAUUUCCAGGAAUCACUUGCAGAAACCAUUCGAAGCACCCUUUCCCUGGCAGAGCACACAGGGACGGCCAGGAGAUGAGCGCAUCUUUGAAUUGCAAGUCUUUUUCCAAAGAGCAGCAGACCAUGGAUAACUUGGAGAAGCAACUCCUCUGUCCCAUCUGUUUAGAGAUGUUCACGAAACCCGUGGUCAUUCUCCCCUGCCAGCAUAACCUGUGUAGGAGAUGUGCCAGUGACAUUUUCCAGGCCUCUAACCCGUACUUGCCCACAAGAGGAGGUAGCACUGUGGCCUCGGGGGGCCGAUUCCGUUGCCCAUCCUGCAGACACGAAGUGGUUUUGGACAGACAUGGGAUCUACGGGCUUCAGAGGAACCUGCUGGUGGAAAAUAUCAUUGACAUCUACAAGCAGGAGUCCACCAGACCAGAAAAGAAGUCCGACCAGCCCCUGUGUGAGGAGCACGAAGAUGAGCGCAUCAACAUCUACUGUCUGAACUGCGAAGUGCCCACCUGCUCUCUGUGCAAGGUCUUCGGGGCGCACAAGGACUGCCAGGUGGCUCCCCUCACUCACGUGUUCCAGAGGCAGAAGUCUGAGCUCAGCGACGGCAUUGCUGUCCUUGUGGGAAGCAAUGAUCGGGUCCAGGGAGUGAUCAGCCAGCUGGAGGACACCUGCAAAACGAUCGAGGAAUGCUGCAGAAAACAGAAACAGGAACUUUGUGAGAAGUUUGAUUACCUGUAUGGCAUCUUGGAGGAGAGGAAGAACGAAAUGACCCAAGUCAUCACCCGAACCCAAGAGGAGAAGCUGGAACAUGUCCGUGCUCUCAUCAAAAAGUACUCUGACCAUUUGGAGAACGUGUCAAAGUUGGUUGAGUCAGGAAUACAGUUCAUGGAUGAGCCGGAAAUGGCAGUGUUUCUGCAGAAUGCCAAAACCCUGUUACAAAAAAUUUCUGAAGCAUCGAAGGCAUUUCAGAUGGAGAAAAUAGAACAUGGUUAUGAGAACAUGAACCACUUUGCAGUCAACCUCAGUAGAGAAGAAAAAGUAAUACGCGAAAUUGAUUUUUACAGAGAAGAUGAAGAAGAAGAAGGAGAAGAAGGGGAGGGAGAGGGAGAAGAGGUAGUAGAAGUGGAAGAGGCGGAAAAUGUUCGAACAGAGUCAUCAGGAGGAGAUGAAACCCCAGAGAAAGGUCUGGAGUCCCGUCCGCCCACCUCAGAGCUCCAGGCUGCCCCAGAGCCUCCCCCAGCCCUGCCACCCGCUGCGGAUGCCCCGGUGACACAGGGGGAGGUUGUACCCACUGGCUCUCAGCAGACCACAGAGUCUGAAACUCCAGUCCCUGCAGCAACGGACACUGCGGAUCCCUUGUUUUACCCUAGUUGGUAUAAAGGCCAAACGCGGAAAACCACCACAAACGCACCUUCCACCCCAGGGAGCGAAGGUCUGGGGCACGUAGGGCCUUCAGGUUCUGAGGAUCCGAAUGUGCGGAAGGCAGAAGGGGCAGAAGCCGCAGCCAGUGAGAGGGCAGCAGUGAGUGGUAAGGAAACUAGCUCACCUGCGGCUACUUCUCAGGAGUUAGCAAUCUGCCUAGCACUCUUGGCUUUUCUUGUACUUCACUACAUCUGGCGUCAGAUUCAGUGCUUGAUUUUUACUCUAAUGGACUGGAUUUGAGGACACUCCCCUCCAGGGACAGGCCGCAGCUUCAGGGAGUGGGAAUGGAGCUGAUUCUCAACCAGCUCGCCAUGUCUUCUCCUUUUCCUGGUUGAACUCCCUGAAUGAAUGAUGUUCAUUCCAACUGCUGCACCUCUGUCUGCCUGGCUGAGAUUCACACAGGCAGCAGGGAACCUAGAUAAAACUAACAGUAUGCAGGUGAUGAAAGGGACCUCUGAACGGGAUUUCUACCAAAAAUAUCCUUUAAUUCCAGAUGACUUAGCUAACACAUUGAGGGAAAACAAUGCUUUGAGAAAACAGCUGCAGAAAGCAUUGGGAAAAAAGGAACUUGAUCUUACGCAAAUCUUUUAUUGUGUGGGAAACAUUAUGAAGGGUUUGUAGGUGUGAUAUGUGUGUGUGUGUGUUUCAGUAACAAGUGGCAGAUGUUGAAAAAUGUGGGCACUACUCUCUCAUCUCUAAUAGGCACUGUCUUUUGUCGUGAAAUCAUAGUAGCUCUUAUUCUCUUUCCUCUUUAACAGUGCAGGUGGUCAGUGAAAUUCAGUGUUAAUUCAGAAGUGACUGAUUUAUCAAUAUAUGGACAAAAGGUAAAUCAUUGACCAAAGAUAUGAGAUGCUUCACAAAGCUUUCCUCUUUUCCACGACAGAUGUCGCUGAAUGGAUAUCCAGAAAUGUUCUUUGACUCUGGUGGUACUUUCAUAGUCCAGAAGGCUAAAAGCCAAGGACACUUCUUGUGACACUUUUCUAAUCUUAGUUUUAGAUAUCAGGCACUUUAACUAAAGAAGACUUUUCAACAGGAACUGUCUAUUUUCUUAUGUAUCCACUGAGGCACCAAUCUGCUGAACCGUAGAAUAACUACAUGUAUUUAAAUAUAUAUAUACACACACACAAUACACAUUAUACAUAUACAAAUAUAUAUAUAUAUGUAUUUAAAUCAUGCUUUAUUUGUUCCACCAUAAUUUUGCCUCCUUCGAAACAUAAGUUUAACUUUACUCUGUAUGAACUCUUAAAUAAAUGCUGUUUUUAACAA